CGGGCAAAUAAAAGAAAACAGUUUCGGUGAGUUUGGUGCCGUUUAAAUCAUGUUUUGGAGUAUUUAUCAAAAGAAACGACAUGAAGGUGCUGUAGCACGUGUUACGCCGUACCAAAACAAAGGAUGACUUCCGCGUUCAGCUCGGGCGAUAGUAUCGCCGAAAACCAGGCCGGAGCAUCCGGGAAAGUGGAACGAAUAGGCCUGGAGUACGUCUGGGGGCCGGAUCAACUGCGCCGUUGCCAAGCAUGGAUUGAACAGAGGCAGCUGCAACGGAUUGCUCUGCAGCUUCCGGAUGAGGCCCUUUGCCACAGUGUACGCAUUGCGAGCGAUCUACAGGAGCUGCCUGUUGGCCAAAAGCUGCUAGUCUUUGUGCUGGGCGAUACAUCGUACGGUAGCUGCUGCGUGGACGAGAUAGCGGCCUCCCAUGCCAACGCAGACGGAAUCAUUCACUUUGGACAUGCCUGUCUCAGUAAAGUCGUACGCAUUCCGACGCUUCACAUCUUCUACCGGUACCCAGUCCAGGCGGACGAUCUGGUGCAUGCACUGAGCGAAAAGUUUGAAGAUCGAUCCAGUGCAUUCUCCAUCUUUUAUGAUGUCGCUUACGAACACGCCUUAAUGCAGCUAAAGGAACGGCUCUCCGAAUGCUUCCCAAAUGCCUGGAUCGCUCAGUUAGCGCAAGCAGAUGAGAAACCGGAUGUACUGUGUUGGAAGAUCCCCCCGGAACGGAUCGUGAGCGAACAUCCGGCCGUCUAUGUUGGACAACAUAAUCUUAGCUUUUUCAACUCAUCCGUAGCCAUUGCCGCCCAAGGCUGGUACUUGCUGGACGUUAAGGUCGGGAAGCGAAAGAUUGAACAGAACGAUGAACUACAGGAAGCGAAGUGGAUGAAACGCCGUAACUAUGCCAUUCUCCGGUGUAGGGAUGCAACAUCGCUCGGUAUCGUCGUUGGCACACUCUCGUUCGAGGGCUACCUAGAGGUGGUAGAUCGUCUGCAACGGCUGGCCAAGGCACGAGGCGUCCGCACGUACCUGUUCUCGGUUGGCAAGGUUAACGUGGCCAAAUUGGCCAACUUUAGCGACAUCGAAUGUUUCGUGCUAGUCGGCUGUCCGGAGAAUGAUAUCUUCCUGUCGCGAGACUUUUACCGUCCACUGCUGUCGGUGUUUGAGGCAGAGAUUGCCCUGAAUCCUGGCUGGCGCACUCCGGGAACCGAGAUAAAGUACACGACGAACUUUCUCGACGUUCUACCGAGCGGAAGAUUAUACCGUGACGAUCGGGGUCACGAGCACGAGCAGGAGGAAACGGACGUUAGUUUGAUUACGGGUAAAAUCCGAUACAUCCCGCGAUUGGAUGAAGAACAAGCGCUGGCGCCGGCCACUAGCCAAGAGGUGGCGCUGAAAGGGAGGAAUGAGGUCGCAAGCAUCAGUUCGGCGGACACAUUCGCGAAUCGAUCGUGGCAAGGAUUGGAGCAGCGACUGGGUCAGGACGCGCCAGCUGUGAUCGAAGAGGGCCGCUCCGGUCUACCGAUCAAGUACGAAAAUUACCCAUAAGGGAGCUUAUGCAACGCUUUAAAAACUGCAUACUCCGUUUUUAUGUUCACACGAGGCGCUUGGGGUCGUGCAAAAGUAGGCCAUCGGCGCCAAAUAAAGCAAAAAAUUAAA